AUGUGGGGGGUUGGGUAUGGCAACUUGUACGGUCAAGGAUAUGGUACCAACACUGCUGCACUAAGUACUGCUUUAUUUAACAAUGGUUUAAGUUGUGGGUCGUGCUACGAAAUGAGUUGCACCAAUGGUGCUAAUAAGUGGUGCCUCCCUGGCUCCAUAAUUGUCACAGCAACAAAUUUUUGCCCACCAAAUCCUUCGCUGCGUAAUAACAAUGGUGGGUGGUGCAAUCCUCCCCUCCAACAUUUUGAUUUGGCCGAGCCCGCAUUCUUGCAAAUUGCUCAGUAUCGAGCUGGAAUUAUCACUGUAUCUUUUCGAAUAGCUCCAUCUCGGAAUAAUCUUGGUCUUGCCGGUGAUAGGUGGCUGCGGGGAUCAUCGCUGAAAUCUUCAGAUUCUAAUUUUGGUAAGAAUACGGAUUAUGACGGAGAGGAGAACAAUGUCUGGUGGAAUGCAAAUAUGCAACCAAGCGAAUAUGGUGAUACAACUUCUUCAAUGGGUCUCGACAAAUUGGAAUACUGUUACACGGACCUUGAAAAUCAACAGCACAAAUUUGCCAAUCCCCACCUCUUAUCCGAAUUUGAAAAAAGGUUACCUGCAAUAUGA